UCAUAUAUAACCCUCAUGGAUUCCCUGAUACCGACAUCAGACCUUUUCCAUCUGCCGAAAUCAAACUUUCCCCAUCUACUUUAAUCAAAAAUGUUCUUCCUUCCCCCCUUCACAGCUGACCUUCCAAAGCUGCCUUUGGAAAACAUGGAGGCACACGCAGUCAAUCGCCUGACCUGGAUUGCAGGAUAUGACAUCGAAAAACACGAAUGGGUCACAUUCCAGGGUCUAGAUUGCGAUGAAUCUUCUUACGAUAACCGUGCGUGGAGAAAGCUGGUCAAGGACCAACAGACUAUGGAACGCAUGCAAUCCUUAUUAGAUACCAUUGGAUGUUCACCUGAUAUUCCACAGUCAGAGAGAGUUCUCGAAGGCAUGAAUGUCGUCCUGAGAGGGGCCUUAGGGACGGGCAAAAAGACAGUUGCUCAUGCAGUCUGCAAUAUGCUCAAGCGCCCGAUGCUUGACAUUCGGGUGAAUGACAUCCCAUACCUUGCCGAUGUGGAACUGUGGGCCGCCAAACUAGCAUCGCUUGCGAUCAAGUGGAAUGCCUUGGUAGUCAUAGACCGCGGGGAUAAUAUCAUGAGGUCUGAAUGUGCAAACAAUCGAGAACGCAUCAACUUGAUGAUUCGAGCAUUUGAGUCACCCGGAUGUAUCUGUCUGUGGCCCUCGGUGUUGACGGACGAGCAGCAGGCACUACUCAGGCCGUUCUCUGCUGCCAUCGAAUUCCCCGAUCUCGAUCUAGCAGCCCGUCGCCAACGUUGGCUAGAACUCUUUGGCCGAGACGACCUGGUGGCAACUAUCUUUAGCACCAAACGCGCAUCCGUCCCUACUGUGAGGGACACGGAGGUGUGUACCUUCCUUCGAGAGAUUGAGAAAAUCUCUUGGUACGAACUCGAUGGAUCGGACAUCCAAGACUUCAUGAAUAUGGCACGAAGAUUGGCUGGGGAACAAGAUCCAACCCCUCAGCACGUAAGGGAGUGUCUCAGAUUGUGGGACGUGCCCCUUUCUGCACGGAGCAAGGUAGUGCGGUUUUUAGCACUUCGUGAGAUGUAUCUACGUGAGGAACCCAGUUUAUUGAGAACACGGUGAAGAUGUUGUGCCUGUUUGAAAGAUUGGCUUGCUAUUUUGUACUCUAUAUAUGUGUUUAUGGCUCACGAUACUCCACUGGCAGUC